AUGUUGCAGCAUAGCCACAGUGUGAAAAUUUGUUGUUACACCGUUUCAGCAAGGAAGAGACAUUCGCUAUAACCAAACAGAAUAAUUGAUCAUGUCAUGUUUACAAAGAAGCUACUGUAGUUACCUAAUCAGCCAAUCAGGCUAUCAUCAUACUGCUAGAUAAUAAUAGAUAAAUAGUCUUAAAAUGUGCACUAUACAAUUAUUUUUUACGUUACGUUGGUCGGGAGCGUAUAGGAUAGGAGAGGGCCAGUGCGCAAAAAAAGAGCAGUGUGUUUUUGCGUUACUGAUGGAUUAGUGAAUCACCUACACCUGGGCUGCGUCCGGUACGAAAAACGUUGUGGAACGUUCAAUUAAACUGAACCGGGGGGGUUAUAUGGCCAAUCCAGUACCUAGCGUUCACAGAAUAUUUGUUUGGAACGACAUGCUUUGUAAAAAAAAAAAGUAUCAUAAAAUAAAAAAGGAUUCCUAUUAUUGACUAAAAGUGACUUGUUUACAUCCGUAGGUCCAUCAGGAAUUCUCUUUGGGUUGCUUUGAGGUACCAUACACCCCAUCUACUAACUGCUGACAUCCGAGCACCAGGUAUCUGCCAGAUACACAGCUUUUUCUUUAAGGCCCCUAUCUGCAAUCUGUAAGUCAAGUGUUCACCACAACUCUCCCAUAAUAUUCAAGGAGAAGUUCACUUUAUUUGAACCAAAUCUGUCUUUUGGAUUAAAUGGCAUGUUAUAGAAGUGCCCAGAUACUUUUUUGGAAAUCUCACUUGUUUUUGAGAAAUGUACACCACCAGCGGCAGGGGCACAGAUAACGUGAACCAAGGCUCCAAAAACACCCAAAUACGUCCUCUUACAAACGGCAAUGCUCUCAGUAUAGUGAUGCAGGUCUUUAGAUGUUGUACAGAUUAAAUUGUGUUAUUCCUAACUAGUGUUGCACAGUAUACUGUAACUUUGGUGCUUUUUGGAUAUGAAAAACGGUUCGGUACUAGAAUUUUUGUUACUUUCGGUACUUCUGUCAAAUCAAUCAAGCAAUCCAAUUAAUUUAUAAAGCCCCUUUUACAUCAGCAGAUGUCACAAAGUGCUAUACAGAAACCCAGCCUAAAACCCCAAACAGCAAGCAAUGCAGAUGUAGAAGCACGGUGGCUAGGAAAAACUCCCUAGAAAGGAAGAAACCUAGAGAGGAACCAGGCUCUGAGGGGUGGCCAGUCCCCUUCUGGCUGUGCCGGGUGGAGAUUAUAACAGUACAUGGCCAUUAAGGCCAGAUUUUUCUCCAAGAUGUUCAAACGUUCAUAGAUGACCAGCAGGGUCAAAUAAUAAUCACAGUGGUUGUAGAGGUUGCAACAGGUCUAUACAUCAGGAGUAAAUGUCACUUGGCUUUUCAUAGCCGGGCAUUUAGAGGUUGAAAUAGCAGGUGCGGUAGAGCGAGAGAGUUGAAAACAGCAGGUCUGGGACAAGGCAGCACAUCCGGUGAACAGGUCAGGGUUCCAUAGCCGCAGGUAGAAGAGUGGAAACUGGAGCAGCAGCACGACCAGGCGGUAACACCAGAUAUAACAGACUGACCCUAGCCCCCUGGCACAUAGACUAUUGCAGCAUAGAUACUGGAGGCUGAGACGGGUUGUCUAUCAGUGCAGCCGACCCCUUAUUAUAGCGUGCACCGUGCCUGCUCCACUUACUCAUUACUAGCCUGCACUGGGAGUCCGGGCUGCAUCAUGUUAGCUCCCCACUCAUGCUGCACAGAAGGUAACACACUUGAAUAAUGCGACACCGCAUGUAGAAAUGUUGAAGCUGUUAAUUACUGUUUGCAAAACAAUGUCCACACAGGCAGGAACACUUCACAAUGCAAGAAGAUAGAGGUGGUUUCCAGCUAUAAUAGGCUAGCUGUCCUUGCUAGCUGACAGCUAAAGCUGAUAUUAAUUCACUACCCUAGUACUUUGUUUGUAAAAAUAUGCAAACCAUAACGCUAAAUAUGCUGAUUUCAAAGCUGAUUGCCACCGUAAACUUUAUUCAUUCAAUUAUUUGGUCUCUCUCUCACAUCUCUCCCAAAGAUGAUCCAUUGCAGGGAUUGGCAACUCCAGUCCUUGGGGGCCGGAGUGGUGUCGCUCUUUUUCCCCAUCCCUAGCAAACACAGCUGAUUAAACAAAUUGCGCUCUAAACUGAAAAUCAUGAUUACCGUAAUUUUCGGACUAUAAGCCGCGCCUUUUUCCCAAUUUUUCGACCCUGCGGCUUAUAUAACGGUGCGGCUAAUCUAUGGAUUUUUACAGCUAACGGCCACUAGAAGACCUCCUAAAUCUAUGGAUUUUACAGGUUACAGUCCACCAACUUUAACUCUAUGGGCUCUAUGACCGGUCCGCGCCCCCCACCUUUAAGUGGCGGGCUCCAGCAGGAAAAGCUGGAGGCCGGAAAAGAGUGAGACAGGUAGCGCGUAAAAGUGGAACCGAGAGUGGUACGAGAGACAGAACGAGAGCAAGACAGACAGACAUUACGAGAGCGAGUCAGUUUGUCUCUUUCCCGACAAUCCCCUCUGUGCACGAACCCUUACAUAUGGUAAUUAAACAUUAAAACACCUGCGGCUUAUAGUCCAGUGCGGCUUAUAUAUGUACACAUCAUUCAAUAUCAUUCAAUUGAGCUGCUGCGGCUUAUACUCCGGUGCGCCUUAUAGUGCGGAAAAUACGGUAGUUGAUUAUUGGAGUCAGGUGAGUUAGCUGGGGCAAAAGUGUGAUAUUUACAUUUUAGUCAUUUGCAGACGCUCUUAUCCAGAGCGACUUACAGUUAGUGAGUGCAUACUUUUUUUUCUUCAAAAGUGUGAUACCAAUCAGGCCCCCGAGGACUGGAGUUGAUCUAUUGCAGGGAUAGGCAACUCCAGUCCUCGGUGGGCCUGAUUGGUGUCAAUCAAUAGAGAUUUAUCAUUUAAAAAAUGAUCUCCAUUACAUUGUUAUGCAGUUAGAUUUGUAAAAACAAAGUCAAAUUGAUUGUAUAAUUGAUUCAUUAAUGCAUGCAAUGCUGUCUCAGAAAAAUGUCUACAUAUUUUUUUUUGAAUGUAGUGAUAUUGAACUCAAAAGAUGCCCAACGAUUGAACAGAGCAGUAGUGGGAUCGUUUUGGUAUUGUUUUGAUAUAGAGUAUCGUCAUGGUAUCGAGUAUUAUUGAAGUCAAAAUUCUGGUAUUGUGACAACACUAUUCUGAACUUUAUCCGCAACUUUAUAUUCCAUUUUGUGCGAAUCAAGCAGGUUCCCCUAUCCAGCUGUGCUGCUUCUCCGUGUAGCCUGCACAUACACACACGUAGAAGGAUUGUGGGCUACACUGAGAAGUAUCGCUGGAGAUGCACAAAAUUGAAUUUAACGUUGAGGAUAAAGUUCGUAAUGACACAGUGAGUGUUGCCGUUUCUAAAAUGACGACAUAUUUUGGGAGCCUUUGUUCAUGUUUUAUCUGUGCCCCUGUAACUGCUGAACGACCAUGAGGAAGUAUCUCGCUGGUGGGGUAAGUUUCUCAAAAACAAGUGAGAUUGCAAAGAAAGUGUCUGGGCACUUCUAUAACAUGCCAUUGACAUCCAAAAUACAUUUACAUUUACAUUUUAGUCAUUUAGCAGACGCUCUUAUCCAGAGCGACUUACAGGAGCAAUUAGGGUUAAGUGCCUUGCUUAAGGGCACAUCGACAGAUUUUUCACCUAGUCGGCUCGGGGAUUAGAACCAGCGACCUUUCGGUUACUGGCACAACGCUCUUACCCACUAAGCUACCUGCCGCCCUAAAAUACAGAUUUGGUUCAAAUAAAGUUAAUGUCUCCUUUAAUUCUACAAGAGUAGUGGUUAGUAGCAGUGGUGUGGAUGUUGACCAAUUCACUCAGCAUGUCAUUGGCCCUCCUGUAGCUCAGUUGGUAGAGCAUGGUGCUUGCAACGCAAGGGUUGUGGGUUCGAUUCCCACGGGGGCCAGUAUGAAAAAUGUAUGCACUCACUAAUUGUAAGUCGCUCUGGAUAAGAGCGUCUGCUAAAUUACUAAAAUGUCAUUGUUAUCUUCUCUUGCCCCUCAGCUUUGUCCCUAUGGCCGAUGCAGAGCCCAUGCUGGUCCCUGUCCCUGGGGGGGAGAAGAGAGUAUGCCCUGCAUUGGAGGAGGUGGACCACAGCACCAAGAGACCCAGAGUCCAGAAGGAUGAGAAGAACGGAGGGCCCUCUCACAAGCUGCCCCAGGAUGAGGGAGAAGAGCCAGAGGGGGAGGAGACGGAGCCAUUGGAAGAGGAGGGUGGAGAAGGGGAAGGGUUGGGGUCAGGAGAGGCCUUUGCAGAGAUGAUGAAGCAUGGCCUCACAGAGCUGGACGUGGGGAUUCUGAAGUUUGUCAGUGAGCACAAGGGGUUCUCAGGCAUUCUCAAGGAGAGGUUAGUCCUGACCCCGGUCCUCCUGAAGAGUGAUUUGAACAUGGCGUAUGUGUGUGUUGCUAUGUGCGUUUCGCUAUGACUGAGAUCAUCUCUUGCUCUGUCUUUGUUAAGGUACUCUGACUUUGUGGUGCACGAGAUCAACAAAGAAGGCAAGACAGUGCGGUUGGAUGAUCUCUCCGUUCCUGAGGAGGCUGAGGUGAACUAACAAUGAAUCAGUAGACAUUUCUUUAGUCUUGCAGUUUAGAGGGAAAUAUAAUCACUAAGUCAUUGCUGAAGUUAAACUCUGAUGUUGGACUUGUCUUGCAAUAGGAGGCCCUGGUAGAGCAGCCAGAUUCCCAGUUUUUCACAGAGGAGCAGAAACAACAGCUGGAGCAGCUACAACUCUUCAAGAACAAAGAGGGAAAUGUCUCUAUAGAGGUGAAUACAUGCACCGUUUCUACCAAAACCACUGAUAGUUUCUUUUCAUUGUAUCUUCACAUUGUAUCAUUCUAGUUAAGAGGCUAUGUUUACAUUCGACCACAGUCCUUAAAGGCAAACUUUAGAGAUAAAUUAAGUUUUGAUUACACACACAUGCACACAGGUAGCUGAUGACACAAAAGAGAAGCGGACGCUGGUCCACAAGGCUGUCAAGACCCUGUACCCUGGACUGGAGACCAAGACAGAGGAGCGUGAGGGAAAGAAGUUCAUCGUGGCCUACCACGCAGCCGGGCAGAAAGCCCUCGCAGGUACAGGAGAGAGGAGAGAAUAGGAGAUGGGUGUAGUGGACAUUUUCUGGGUUAUCUCUGGUUUAUUUCCUAUUGCAGGGUGAAAUCUCUAACAUCUAUCAUAGAACAGAAUGAAGUCGCUUUCAAGUUCGUCUCUUACUUCAAGAAAGAGUUUACAUUUCAGAAUGGGAAAAGUUAUCAUUGAAUGGUUGGAAAAGGGUUGUGCUGCAUGCCCUUGUUCAGCUUGGCCUCAUGUCUCUCAUUGCAUGUGGUUCUCUCCAAGCUGGGUAGCUAUGGGAUUAUAUGUAUGGUGCAUGAAUGAACAGGUGCAUGUGCGAGGUCAACACAACACACCUGCAUGAUGAUGCUGAAUAAAGAUCCUGACCAGGCCCAUGGACUGUGAGGGAUCACAUGGAUCUUGAUUCUAUCCAGGUGUCUGUGAACUUUUAGACCUUAGAAGUCUCUCCAACAAAUCAGCAGUCUCUCUUGACCUGGACUGGCAUAUUUUGCCUCUGAAUCAAUUCCCCAGGCUUGUUAAGAUCAGUUAAGACAUUGCCAUUUUUCACAUGAAUAAUUUCCUGUAAAUUUAGUGGCCUAUACAAAAAGAGCACAACAUGGUAGUCAUCAAAUAAUGGGUGCUCUGUCAUAGCCAUGGCACACUCCUGCUACACAGAAAGGUUUAGACACAACGGCACUCCAACCCUGCAUGCUGACCUCGCCACCCCUGCCGGUCUGUCUGUCUAACGGUCCAUGACCGUCUUUUAGUAACAUUCUUUUAUCAUUUAUAUCCUAUUCCUUUUGCUCUUCUCUGGGUGGACAGAGGUCAAAGCAGCUGCAGGUAAGACUUUCUCGUCCACUCUGCUCAGGUUUCAGGAGACCUCAGUCCGUAAAACAAGUUGGAUUAAAUGUUGGUAAACUCACAACUGAUUUAAAUGUCAGCUCAUUGUCUGGCAUGGCGUCAUCAGUCUUGUGGGACUUGCUGGAGUUUACCAAACCGACUUCUGUGUUUGAACAGGUGUUGUCUGGGAGUUUUCUCUGAGAUGUUGGUAGUUAGAAAAGUCUUGGGCGGGCCACCUAAGUGUUUUUGUUUUGGGUCGCCUAUGUCCAAACAGAAUUUAAAAGUGUACAGAUAUAAAGUAUGUAGAACAUAUAAUGGACAUAUAUUUUUUGAGAACUAACUAUCACCAAAAUAAAAGCUGGACAGUCAGGGAGAAUCGAAAAUUCCCAAAAUGAUGCAUUCUAUAGUAUUUUUGUCAUGGCAUGAGGCCCCCAUUGAUUUUGUUAUGUUUGAGUCACUUGGAUAGCACAAGCAAUGGUAAGAUGUGUAGAAUUGCAGGAAAUUCACUUUAAAACUGCAAAUGUUUCUCUCUGCCUUAUGGUAAAAUGUGUAGAAUUGCAGGAAAUUAGCUUUAAAACAGCUACAUUUAGUCACUGUGGCUGACAGGAGGGCCUCUAAAAUGUUUGGUCAGCGAGCGCACCAUUGGCCACGCCCCGCCACGCCCACCACUUAAGCCCCAUUUGAUCCUGAAAAAAAAGCUGCACAAGUAAUAAUAAUAAUAUGCCAUUUAGCAGACUCUUUUAUCCAAAGCGACUUACAGUCAUGUGUGCAUACAUUUUUACGUAUGGGUGGUCCCGGGGAUUGAACCCACUACCCUGGCGUUACAAGCGCCAUGCACUACCAAUUGAGCUACAGAGAACCACUCUGAUUAUCCUGCUUGUUCAAUAUGGCUACUAUUUUCAGUCUGGUAAAUAGUCAUUACUCAUUUCAGGGUGUAGGCUAAGGAAGAAGAACCUCAGUUUAGAGCAAUGGGGAUUGAGUGUUUUGAGUACAGCAUUUAAAUUACUGAGGCGUCCGUCUUGGGACAUAUAUGCAGAAUGCUCCUGGCAUAAAACAGUUGUUAAAGAAGUGGUUGCUGCUGUCCGUGUUGGGGCCCUUAACAGAGCUGCCUCCGCACAAAAGAAUAAAGGAGCCAGAUAGUAGUUUGAAAAGCAUAUCAAAGCCCUGAAUACUGAUGAGGGUGUAUUCUCUGACAGAUGCGGUCUGUCUGAUACUCUGCCUUUAUCGCCACAACUCACUCCUGUCCUCCUGUCUCCCUGGACAGCCCCCAGGAAACACUCCUGGCCUAAGAGCCGUGGGGCCUUCUGCCACUUCGUCCUCUACAAGGAGAACAGAGAUACCAUGGAAGCCAUCAACGUGCUCUCCAAGUUCCUCAGGUAAAACACACACAGUUUCUCAUAGCAUUUUUCCAACAAUAUGUAAGCAAAAUGUCUACUAAACUGUACAACUCCUGACUGUGUGUCUGCUGUUUCCCAGGAUGAGGCCCAAUGUGUUCUCCUACAUGGGGACCAAGGACAAGAGAGCCAUCACUGUGCAGGAGAUUGCAGUUCUCAAGUGAGUGUGUUGGCUUGCUACUAUCAGCGAAUACUUGUAAUUACGUACUUAUUACUUAACCUAUGUUCUCUGUCCCUUCAGGGUCACAGCAGAAAGGCUGUCUCACCUCAACAAGUGCCUCAAUAACUUCAAACUGGGAAACUUCUGCUACAAGAAACACCCUCUGAAACUGGGAGAACUACAGGGCAAUCACUUCACUGUGGUCAUCAGGUCAGUGGAUACUAGCUGCGCGUGUCGAUGUGUGUAAUCUCUUUGCUUUAACUUAUUCUUUGUAACUCAAACUACUCUCCAAUCCUGAUUUAUUCAUUUAACAAUUAAAAUAGCUCAACAACAUUUAAUCUGAUCUACGUGUUGCUAUUUGUUCCUGGCUGGUUACCUCCCACACAGGAACAUCACAGGGACAGAGGAGCAGGUCCAACAGGCCAUGACCUCCCUUAGAGAGACAGGCUUCAUCAACUACUAUGGCAUGCAGCGCUUUGGCACCACCGCCGUGCCCACACACCAAGUUGGCAAGUAAGGACAUGGACUCACACACACUUGGGUAUGGGGUCGGCAGGUAAAAACAUGACCCCCUUGGUGCAUAGGGUAACUGGCCCAUGGGUAUGGGGUUGGCAGGGGAUAGAUGAUUGACUGUUGUUGUGUCCCUCUGUUUGGACCAGGGCCAUCUUGCAAGGCAACUGGAAUGAAGUGAUAGAUCUGAUCCUAAAGCCUCGCCCUGGAGGUAAAACAUUUACUGGCUUUCAUUUGUCUUUAUAUCGAAUACAUGUCCGCUACCAAAUGGACAAAUCUAAAAUGGAUAACAUUGUUGCAAGAGCACGUGUUAAACUGUUUCUGCCAUGGCGUUGCCUUUGUGACAACUGCAGAUGUAAAAAGGAUGUUUAAUAGAAUAUGAUUUAUUGAUUUACUGCUCUCUCUCUCUCUCUCUCUGUCAAGCGGAGAAAGGUUACCUGGUGAAGUGCCGUGAGGAGUGGGCCCAGUCCCAGGACCCAGAAGCAGCACUGAAGAAGCUGCCUGUUAAACGCUGUGUGGAGGGACAGCUGCUCCGAGGUCUCUCCAUGUACGGCAGGAAGAACAUCAUCACUGCCUUUGCAAUGGUGAGCUGAGCACGCUUUUACUCAUACAAACUACCUGGCAGAUGCACUAUUAUAACUGGUCAGGAAGUAAUGGGUGUACUCACGCACACUUGCCAAAUGCCAAUGUCAAACAUUCUUUAUUUAUCCCUAAUUGGUUCCAAUGGACUGUUAUUAAAUGUUGUUAAAGGUGAGAAACAAAGAUAGCCACCCGGGUCCACUGUUGAUUUGUUUGACUCAUUAAAGCUGCAGUAUGUAACUUUUUGGGUGACGCGACCAAAAUCACAUAGAAAUAUGCGUUAUAGAUCUGUCAUUCUCAUUGAAAGCAAGUUUAAUUAGUGGUACAUUUGUUCUAUGUGCGCAAUUUUUAUGCUUCCUGUUCUUAUGUUUUGUUUUUGCUUAUAUUACUUCCUGUUUUGUACACCAGCUGAAAAUACAAUAUUUUUGGUUAUGGAAAAUAUAUUUCACAGUGGUUUAGAUGGUACAAUGAUUCUCUACACUAUACUUGCUUGUUUUGUCACAAACUGAAAUUAGGCGAACUAUUCUAAUUUUAGCAACCAGGAAAUGUUGGAGCGAUUUCUGGUUAGUGCACCUUUUUUAAAAGUAUGUUUUCCUCUGGUUUAUUAUAGCUGAGGUAACUCCCUGUGUUGGCCCUCCUUUUGUCUUCUAGAUCCCUCGUAACAACCGGCUGAUGUACAUCCACAGCUACCAGAGCUUUAUGUGGAACACCAUGGUCAGCAGACGCAUUGAGGCCUUCGGACUGAAGGCUGUGGAGGGAGACCUCGUGCUUAGGGCAGGUGGGUCAUAUCUGUUCAUGUUUUGUGGGUGUAUCUCUGAUUCACCACUCAACACCGACGCAUUUGGCGAUACGCGUGGCUGAAAUUCUUGAAUAAAUGUUCUGUAGAGAAGUGAUUGAGCACACAGCCCAGAGUGCCUGUCUCACAGACGGCUCUAAAGUGUGAUACUCCAUAUCUAACAGAGCGCUUUACACCACCUGCUAGACUGGGCUGAGUUAAUGUGCUCAUUCUAUGUAGGGUCUCAAACCAAGUGAUGUAGACAUCCUCCUAUUCACCCUCUUAUCUCCAGGCACUGCAUUCGUGCUGUCCGCAGCCGAGGCCGAGACCCACUCUAUCCAAGACGUGGUGAUGCCCCUACCAGGGUUUGACGUCAUCUACCCCACUCACCAUGGUAAGAGAGCCCUGCAUCCUCCCACCAUGUCAGGGCAAAGUCCCCUCACCACCGCCAUUCUCAUCCUGUUGUCUUGGGUGUUACAACCAGAGGUGAAGAAGAAAAACGAUAUCUCUGGAGUAUUCUAUUCUGUUUUACAAUUCUAUUCAGAUAUGUGGUUGAGAUCUGUGGGUGAGGUGUGUGUUUCAGAUUUUAUUGUGUCUUUUUCCUCCUGUUCUGUAACAGUGGGUAAGGGCUACAGGGAGAUGCUGAGUGCAGAUAACCUGGACAUUGACAACAUGAGGCACAGGGUGAGGGACUACUCUCUGGCCGGGGCCUACCGACGUAUCCUCAUCAAACCCAGUGACGUCAGCUGGUCUGUAACACUCGCUAUCACCUCAGUAUCAAUUAAUACAAAUAUUUUCAGUCAUGGCUAGCUAUAGCAAAAAGCUAACUAAUAGUAUUGGAGGAGUUGUCGUUACAUAUUCUAAAUACAUAAAAAGGAGCUGAGGAUUGCUUCCUUUUUUCCUUGCGCAUGAUAAUGUGAUUGCCUUGUAUAAUAUUUCCUCAUCUACAUUCCUGAGUUGUAUUUCUUGUAUCAUCUCUCCUUCUAUAGGGAGGUGAUUAACUAUGAGGACCCUCGUGUCUCCCUGGUCCACACUGAUGUGGAGAAACUAGAGGACCAACCUCCCCCAGUCUUCAACAAAGGUCUGUUCUAGUUUCAUCAUGUUGCUGUGCAUUAAUCAAUCUGUGGUACUUUUCCACUCACCUUAAUAGUGUGUUUCUCCUAACUCUUUUUCUCCCUCCCUCCCUCCUCAUCUCUCCUCCACCCACCAGAGGGGAAGUACAGGGCUCUGAGGAUGGAGUUCUCCCUGCCUCCCUCUACCUACGCCACCAUGGCCAUCAGAGAGGUGCUCAAGAUGGACACCAGCAUCAAGAACCAGACUCAGCUCAACACCACCUGGCUCAACUAA